AUGCUUAUCAACUGUUCGUAUGAGCAGUCAGUUUUCUUGGAGAAGCAGAUUCUGUGCCCCUUAUAUAUUACAUAUUGCAGUCAGGAAAGCACUGCAGCUGUCACCACAUCCGUGAGACUUUCUUAUUGUGAAUCCAAGGCCAACCGCACCGCCUGCUUACGACAGAAUGGUGGGAUCAGCAUCAAGGCCAGGCAUUCAGCUUACGCGGCCUUCCAAGUUGAGGUUAUUGCCAUUGAGUAA